AUGUACGUGGCGCCUGGCUCGGAUGAAGGAGGAAUGCUCCGGUUGCUUCAGUCCUCCUCUGUCGUCCCGUUGUUGGCUGCUGUUGCGUUGGCUGCUCUACGCUGGGGGGCUGUUUUAAGGGCGUUUGUGCAGACGAUGGAGCGUUUCCGACCGAAUGCCCUGCAUCUGGUGCCGCUGCACGUCUUCUCCUCCAGCUCAGAACUUGCCCUCCAGUGCAGGAAAAUGGUUGGGAAGUCCCUGAUUGCUGGUCUGGUGGUCCUUCUGGUGGCUGCGGUGAGCCUGUUCCUGGGGGUGUUCAUGGGCUUGGGGAAGAGAAACACGCCUCCCCCCCUGGACCACUUCUACUCGAAGGCCGCUGUGGCUGCCGACGCCGGAAAGUGUUCAGAAGUGGGGAGGGACAUCCUGAGAAAAACGGUGUCAGCCGUGGGAGCUUCCAUGCCGUUGCUGUGUGUCGGCCUUCUGAACGCUGCACAAGCAAUGGGCAUCGGAGGGAGGGCAUCUUCUUACCCCAUUUUCUACUCAACAGGAGGAGUAGAAACCAUCGACGCGAGGGAGACCGGCGCCGAUGACGCCACUGAGACAAUGUUUGCAACAACCGAAAAGCUUUCUCGCACCAGGUGGGAUUGUCCCAUCGAGCCAUUCCCGGGGGAUUCGCGGUUACAGAUGCGCACCAAGAGGAAAUGGCAGGCUGCCCGUGGAGGACUGUUCGAGCCCGCAUCGGCUUGCUCGCGACGCGAGGUGUUUUUGGUGAUUCUCAGAGAACAUCCUGAAGGAAAACAUAUUGUCAGAUUUCCAAAGCUGGCCGAAACGUACCCCAAAAGAAUAGCCGAGGAGGGGACCCGAUGUGGUUUCUAUAACGCUUCACAUGGGCAGAGCAUCGUCGAGGACAUCCAGGCGGCAGACCACGAGGCGUCCUAUACGGCAGAGAAGAAGACUCUGACGUAUCAUCGCAUCGUGGAGGCGUUUCGUUUUGCCUACGCCAAGAGGAGCCGACUGGGGGACCCACGUUAUCUCAAUAUCACUGAUCUCAUCCACAACAUGACCUCAGACUACUUCGCCGACGGCAUCAGGAGUAAAAUUACAGACGACACCACCCAUCCAGACAGCUACUACGAGCCAGACUACUUCGUCCCAGACAACCACGGGACGGCUCACCUGUCGGUCAUAGCCGAGGACGGAAGCGCCGUGGCCGCCACCAGCACCAUUAACCUCUACUUUGGUUCCAAAGUCAUGUCUCGAUCAACCGGAAUCAUUUUCAACGAUGAAAUGGAUGACUUCAGCUCACCGUACAUCACCAACGGGUUUGGAAUCCCGCCUUCGCCGAACAAUUUCAUCCAACCAGGCAAGAGGCCGCUCUCCUCCAUGUGUCCGACCAUCAUCUUCGACAAAGAAAACAAAGUGAAAAUGGUCGUCGGAGCGUCCGGAGGCACAAAAAUCACCACGGCCACGGCCUUAGUCAUUUUGAACUCCCUGUUCUUCAACUACGACCUAAAGAAAGCCGUGACGGAGCCGCGGGUUCACAACCAGCUCAACCCCAAUAUGACAGUCGUGGAGCAGGGCUUUGAAAAGAGCGUCCUGGAUGGUCUGGUCCAGAAGAACCACGUAACGCAGCUGCUGCGGACUCCGGACUCGGUGGUCCAGGCGGUGGUGCGGCAGGGAGAGCGUCUGUGCGCGGAGUCGGACCCCAGGAAAGGAGGCUAUCCGGCGGGAUACUGA